AUGUUUACUGUGUUACAAUCAACUGUUCAGGUUAGUAAUCGGGCAACAAUUUUUUUUCCAGAUGCUGAACUCCUCGAUGGUUUGUCAACAACCCAAAGCCCUAGUGAUGAAACCGGUCGACCUAUAGAUCAUACAGCCACGCUCGAGGCUUUACCGCUAUCAUCCCAACAAAAGGACAAUACUAACAGCUCUGCAGCUGUGUUAGAAAAGAAAGCCAAUGUAGAAGUGUUAGAAACAUCUCCGAUUGAAGAUAUCAGAGCAGAGAAGUGUAGUAGUUUAUCUUUAGAAGUUCAGACGACCAAUCGAGCAUACUCUGAAGAUUCAAGUGUAACAGAUGAUAAAAUCAGCGACUGUUUUAAUAUGGAAGUGGUUAUCAACAGUAACCCAACUGAUAACCAGUAUUUCCACAAGUCAUCAUCUCUUCCACUAGAAGUGUCACGUCAACCUCCUGACGGUCAUGAGUUUCCUCCAAAGUACAGUGAAUCUCGUCUCUUGACGACUCCCAGCGUUGGUGAGGAUUCGGGAGUGUUCCUCGAUGAUCAACUGAGUGAUCCAUCCCAUAGCAAGAAGAUUGAUCAGGAUCGUAUUACAGAACUAGCUACCGAAGACAAUACAAUGAAACAAACAGGUUACUAUGUCCAAAACGGCUUCUCAAAAAAUGAACAUCCAAAGGGCGUUAUAGGUUCUGAAAAGUCCAUUAACAAGAAGAGGUUACCAACUCCUCCACCCAAACCAAGUUUAAACCCAAAUAACCAGCCUUUGCAAUCAAGUAGGUCUUUUCUUGUGGAAGACAACUCUUCUGAGAAACAGAUGAAAUACAUAUUGAGUGGUGAUAUUGAAUUAGUCCAAAAUAGACCAGGUGGUUCAUGUGAAAAACGAAGGUUUAUUGACCAAACAAGUAGCAGCAAAAGAGACAUCGAUAUGAAACAGAAGAACCAUGAAAACCUAAAACUUAGUAGCAACUUCUACCACAGUCAGUUCAACCAUAUACCAGUUAGUGUUAAAGAUCGUAUUGCAAUGUUUUCACGUACUGCCUCAUCAAGUACGAGUGUUGAGCCAUCAGAGGAAACAGUUACCUCCAAAACUCGAGAGCUGUAUCUUUCUGAUGAUUCUGGUAAACAUAUUAGUGUUGAAAACCAACACAUCGGAUCGAACAUUGGUGUUGAAAACCAACACAUAAGAUCGAACAUUGGUGUUGAAAACCAACACAUGGGAUCGAACAUUGGUGUUGAAAACCAACACAUGGGAUCGAACAUUGGUGUUGAAAACCAACACAUGGGAUNGAACAUUGGUGUUGAAAACCAACACAUGGGAUCGAACAUUGGUGUUGAAAACCAACACAUGGGAUCGAACAUUGGUGUUGAAAACCAACACAUGGGAUCGAACAUUGGUGUUGAAAACCAACACAUAAGAUCGAACAUUGGUGUUAAAAACCAACACAUAAGAUCAAAUGAGAAAGCUCUUAAUGUUAGUGUUGCUCCUAUCAGUAAAGAGGAAAAACUUAUGAAAAAGAACUUGAGUUUUAUCAAUGAAACAUGUCCACCAGCACAAAGCACUGAGAAUCCUGCUUUGGAUCAAUCCACUAACAAGGCAAGUUUUCUUACAGAAACGUGUAAGAUAAACACCUCAAACGAAAGUAAGACUUACAGCAGUCUGGCUAAAGACCCUCAAUCAUCCAGCCACCUUGGUAAGGCUAAAGACCAUCAAUCAUCCAGCCACCUUGGUAAGGCUAAAGACCAUCAAUCAUCCAGCCACCUUGGUAAGGCUAAAGACCAUCAAUCAUCCAGCCACCUUGGUAAGGCUAAAGACCAUCAAUCAUCCAGCCACCUUGGUAAUUUUGGAUUUAGCUGUAGUGAAGUUAACAUGACAUCUUCUCGAAGCCAAGAAGACUUACUGAACCGGCCCAGUAAUUGGAACCUUCUUUCUUUGUUACAAAAAACGUCUAAAACCAAUGGUCCGAAAUUCAAAGGACUAGUCAUUCCCGAGCGGCCUGUCAGCACAAACCCCGCAAUAAAAUCCUUACCCACGAUAGCCAGUAAAACUGCCAUCAGUUCAAAACCUGAACCAAUUAAGGCAUUUACCAACCAGAUGUGGAAGAAUGAAACGACUCGUACACCAGAAAAAACAAAGUCUUUACCCAGAGUUCUAAAUCUGAAUUCACGGUCUUCGGUAAUAACAAAAGAUGUGGUAGAUGGGGCAAAUAAUCAGUCACUGUUAUCAGAACCACCAUGGAAAAGUUACAAUCCUAGUCUUCCCAAAUAUUCUCCUGCUUUCAAAAGAAGAUCUCUUCAGUUACCACGCUCAAAUGUCGCGUCUUCUGUUUCACCAACUCCUCCAUCUUCUUUAACUUCACCCAUCUCACCUCCUCCUGCCUCCCCUUCUAGUAUAAGUAGCUCAACCAAUUCUUCUUCUUUUGGUAUUACUUCUCCUCCAACAGUUACAAAACAAAGUGUUUUCCAAUUUUCAUUGUCGCACAGUAAGCCUGUAACCCCAGUUCUUCCAGAAAAACCUAUCAUGUCACCUGGUCCAGGAUCAUCAGAUAGUGAAGGAAAAGAUUAUGAACAAUCAACUAGAUCCAUCACAUCUCCAGAUGAUGAAUUGGAAAAGAUUAACAACUCAUAUUUUUCAAAACAAGCUAAACGUUCUUCUUUGAUGGCAGUGUCGUCCUCAGAACACAAAUUACCAGAACAAAAUGGUAAUUGUUCUUGGCCAAAUAAAUAUCAGAAACACAGUCCACAGUUUUCAAAUAAUAAGAACUCCUAUAAUUCUUCAGAAUUAAAGCAUAAUGUAACAUCUUUGGAUCAAACAGACACUUCUAGUUCUGCCAGCAAUCCAGUAUCUAGAACAGACUCGAAUGAGUCAAGAGAUUCUACUGAAGAAAUGAAAAAUACAUCUUCUUCCGUAAACUUGGAAGUUCGAGGAAAGUUUCUGGCUAAACCAGUGUGUAUUGACUUUGGAGAUUCUGGAGCAACGGUUCUUGGAAGUAUUUCGGAAGGGAAAAACAACCAGGAAAACCUUUCUUCAUUUCCGCCUACUGUCUCAAAUAGACAGUCAUUGGUAGGAGCUGAAGACAAAAAUUACAAUGUCCAACACGACAGUAACCAAAAGUGGCCUCAAAAUGGAAGUCUGUCUCGACUUACUUUCCAAGGUCGCUUUUAUUCUGACAAAGUUGAAAGUGACGAUGACUCUUUCUCAACUAUUAGCCAGAGAACAGAAGAUUCAAGACAGACUAUCGAUGACUCAUUGUCUGACACGGCGUCAGAUUCUCUAGAUCACCCUGUAGACGCAGAAUUCAAGCCACGUCUUCUUAGCCAACAAAAAACUGUGCUACGCAUGCGUCAAGAAGGUCCAGCUGAUGAAUCUAAAAACUUUAGAGCAUUAGCCGAGCGAUGGGAACAAAAGUCGUUUGAUGGCAACCAAGAAAUUCCAUCACCUUCCAAUCACGCUAUUGUGUCAAAAAGGGAUUCACAGACUAAUUUAUCCCACAGUUUUAACGCAAAGCUUCCUCCUUCACUCAUGCCAAAGGGAAAUGACACACAACGGUAUUCAAGAAGAAAUAGUGCUUCAAAUCAGUUUACAAAUACCACUACUGCUUCAGAUGUGAAAAUAAGAGAGAAUCGUCCAUGCGGUCCUAGACCCACGUCCUUAAUAGAGGAAGGGGAAAAGAAAAAGGUGGAUAGUUUUUGGUCUAAAAACUCAUUAUCCAACACCUUUUUCACUCGUAAAGGAGAACCUACUGAAUUUCUUCACCGCGAUGGGAAGUUAGUGGACUCUAGAGAUGCCUUCGAUAGAAGUCGAGAAUCCUUGGAUGAACUGGGUAGGAAGAACAGGUAUAUGUCAACUUCUACACGAUCAAUGAGUGUUAGUGAUAUUCUUAAAAAUUUUGAAAAUAAAAACACCAAUGAAGAAACAGCCUGGUUACCGAAAUCAAAGCCAAUUGGCCAAAAAUCUUCCGAGAGUUGUUCUAACUUAUACAACAAAUAUGAGGGUCGCAGAAUAUCUGACGAGUGUUCCAGUUCAGUUGUUCAAUCUGGUUGUCGUAAAGGUCCCAAAGGCUCAACUUCAACAUUCAAACCUAAUAGUACCGGCUUGGCUGAGGUUCACUCCAGCUCAAACUUCAAUUCUAACAGUUGUAUAUCUUCUGGUGAACGCACCAACGUGACAGUUUUACCCGAUAAUCACCAGACACCUGAAUUCACAAACACGAGUAUUCAAUUUGUUAAUGGCCGAGUACGUGGAAAAAAAAUUUCUGAUACUCCACAAGCCACCAGUUCCUCCAAAGGUCGGUCCACUUCCAAAGACUCCCUUUCUGUAUCCGAAUCGGGUAAUUUGGAAGAAACUGAAACUCAGAACACGCGAUCGUCAUAUCAGCCUAAAAGUUAUUGGAAAUCACACCGUGAUAAGCCUACCAAUCAAAGGACAUCUGAUAUUAGUAAUUGCAUGCCCACUAAAACAGAUUCUGUUCAGACUGUGAAUAAACGAGAUUCAAGAAAUUCCGACAUCCACGAUUCCACCUCGACUUCAAGCCGAGAUAACGUACACAGCUUACAAUUAGGAAUUCAACAUAAACGUUUCUCUUCAAUCGAUUCGUCUGCAAGUGAAACUGGAGAAAACAGCUCUCUGGAAUACUCAUCAAGGAUUUCUCCAGCGUCUGACCACUCCGGAUCAAGGUCAACUUUGUCUUCCACCAUCUCUCCCCAAGACUGCCAGCAGCUGCAUGAAGAGGCCAAUCGAUUCCUCCUGGAAGAACCAGAGAGUGAUGGUCAAGAAGUAAAUGUCGUCAUCAUCCAAAGAAGACUCCAGGUCGGAAGUAUUGGAAUAACUCUAGCUGGAGGGGCUGACUACGAAGUUAAAGAAGUUACGGUUCAUAAGGUUAUAGCUGGAAGUCUGGCAGAGAGAGAUGGUCAGAUCAAGAAAGGAGAUCGAGUCCUGUUCAUAAACGGCUGUAACCUCAAAGGGUUAACACAUCAGGAGGUUUUAGAUAUUCUGAAAGCUCCGCGAAACGAAGUAGUUCUAGUUCUAGUAAGAAAAAGAUCCAUAAAUUCCAUAGUGCCAGACCAACAGAAGUCAUGUAUCAGUUCUCCGUUAACCAACGGAUAUCAUCCAGUGCCAGAUCAGCAAGAGCGAGACAAAGCAGUACCACCUGCCUCUACCAAAGAAAAGAUCAUCACUGUGGAAUUACAGAAAGAUAAGACAGGGAUCGGUUUUAGUUUAGAUGGAGGAAAGGACUCUCCUGUAGGAGAUCGCCCUCUAACGAUAAAGAAAGUCUUUAAAGGUGGAGACGCUGACAGAUUAGGGCUUUUGAAAGCUGGGGACGAAAUUCUUUCCCUAAACAACCAAUCCAUAACCAGUAUGACAAGGACCGAGGCUUGGAACUUCAUGAAGAAACUACCCGAAGGACAAGUUUCUGUAACAGUUAAACAACGUUGAUGAAGUGGGAUAUCCAUCAAAAAAGUCGUUGUUGAGCUAUAUAAGCUCAUUGUUUAGCAUUGUAGCGUGGACAACUUUCCGUAACAGUUAAACAACGUUGAUGAAGUGUGUGGUAUCCAUCAUAAAAGUCGUUGUUGAGCUAUCUAACACGCUCGCUGGAUUUGAUAUGUUGACUGUUUUUUAAAGAUAAGGUUAGGGAUAGCGACUAGUAAUAGAGGUCAUAUCGAAUGUGCGUAUUGUAGACUGUUUCCAAUGGCAGACAGAAACUUUCGGGAUCAACGCCAAGUUGUAUCUGGUUCGUGUAUUGUAGGCCGUCUCCAAGAGUACAUACACGAAACAUUGUGUUAUCAUAUAUGUACAUCAGCUUUGAAUAAUAACUUUUGAGAUAUGGUAGAAUAGAAUAAGUUCUGCCAUAAACAGGUUAUUUGACAGAUAAAACCAACAAGAUAAUCGAAUAAUUACAAAGUUAUUCGACCUAGGAAUGUAUGUGCACUUUGUCUCAUAACAAUUCUUGUUAAGCAGACAACAAUCAUUAAUUUGAUCGUUCUCAUAAUUGGUGCGUUUACGUGGAGGUAUUAUGUGAACAAAGAUAUCUUACAGUUGGAAUGGGAAAGUCUCAAGGAUGAAUUAUAAAGACGCCUGAUAAUUUUAAUAAAGUAUUUUACUUUGAGGCACGUUUGUUUUUUAGACAGUGUUAUGGCUAAUAAAACUCCUGGUGGUAUAAUUAUGAAGUGUGAGACGAAACUUAUAAGAAGAUACAAGACAGCUUCACAUAAACUGGAUACUGUAAUCCUAGGACACUGAUCCUCUUAAAGUUUUGUAUCGUGCCAAUAAUAGUUAGCUUACUCGAUUGACGAACAUCCAAUUUUAACAUGUGAAUGGGUAUACAUAUACUUAUUAUAUAUUUUUAUUAUUGUUGUUUGUUUUGUUGUUGUUGUUUUUUGGGGGGGGGAGGUUGUAAAGUUUUGAAUGAUAAGAAACAAGUGUUCACAGUUUGUAUUCGAUCAUGGUUAUUAUUAUCAACAACAGUGCUAUUGUUUGAUAACAGAUGGCGGUUGUGUGAGUUUGUAAAAUAUUAACAUAAAGUUAAUUAGUAGAAGGAGUUAGAGUGUAAACAUUUAAAACAUUUAUUAUUAAAUAAACAAAACGAUCCCAACAAAUUUGUUUGUCAUAGUAAAACAUAGCUUUCUGGUUGCUAAUGCUAGAUGUUGUAGUUUAUAUACUGAUGUAUACGUAAUAAUAAAAUGAUUCGUAAUGAUUUAACAAAAUUUGGAAACCGAACACUUUCAGGUCCGCGUUACAUUUAUUGACAAAACAGAACAACAAGGCUUGAAAUGUCCCUUUAUUGCGCUUUCAGUCAUCGAUAGAAUUAUGUAGUUUUGUAAACCUCAUAUGGUUAAUCGCCGGAUAAAUUAUAAUUUGUUUAAACACGCCUUACUGGUAGUAUUUGUUCUAAUGUCGAAAAUACCUUACAAAUUUAGGAAUAUUUCUAAAGUGUCAAUAGAUGCCGUUUCGUUAAACAAGUCAGAUUGGAAUACCAGGAUAUAUUUUCAAUUAGUUAAAUAUGUCAGUAGAUGUUGAUUAAUUUACUUUCUUCACAUUUAUUUGAAUCAAAGUGUUUCUUUUACGAGUGAUAUGACAAGAAGUCCGUAACUUCAAAAAUAUUUGGCGAAAGUUCUACUCUCGUUGUGUUGCUCUAACAGUUUUAUCUUGCUUUCCUGCAUAUGGUCAUGGUGCUGUGAUAAAUAUAUAUAAAGUAUAUAAAUAGAUAAAUACAUAUAUAUAUAUAUAUAUAACUAUUAUCAAUGAGAAUCUAACUUACAUUUUUGUAUGAUUUUAGAACUAACCAUCAUAUAGUUAUUGGCUUAAAGGAUCAUAAUAAUGUUAUGAUUAAGUUUAGUAGUAUCGCUUUAGAUUUUAGGAGUCUGUAUCAUGAUUCGUGUAUAUAUUACAUUAACACGUGGAAAAUGUGUGGGUUCGCCGGUGAUUGGUACACUGAUGGUGGAGGGGUGGCUGAAUUUCACCUUUGUAUCACUGAAUUUUUUCUUUUGCUUUCGUAAUCAAAAGACACCUCCAAGACGUUGUUACAUCAAACAUGCCUUGUAAUAAAUGUUAAUCAUAUUCAUACGCUUGAUGUUUGUAAAAUCUUGAAAUGUAAAUUUCUGGCCAGUGGAGAUUAUGGCUCACACUGAAGCCAUGAAAUUCCAAUAAACUUGAAUUAUUAAAAAACAAUGUGUCAUUGAUUUUAAACAUGUAUAUGUUUGUUAUUGUUGAGUUUUUUAGAUUUUUUUAACCUACGCCAUUGACUUCUCUGUAAUUAUUUUUCAGGCUUCUCUGGUGUAUUUUUUAUGCUGUCUUCUUGUAUCAACGUUUUGAUAUUUAAAAUUAUGAAAUAUACAUUUGACAACCAGUAACAAUAAAGUGGAGCUCAUGUCAUUAUUUACUACAUAGUGGAGUUCGGUUUGGGAUGAAAAUAAACUCAAGUACUGUGUAUUUCCUUUUUUUUCAGAUUGUCUUUUAACACUAGUGUACAACGAACCUUUUUCUCGAUUGGAACAAAAAAAAUAGGAAAACUUUUGUGUCCAAACUUCGUUGCCGCUUCCAAAAAGCUUGCCACCUGUUCGUUCAGCGGCACGUCUGAUGUUUUACAACGCUGAAAAUCGGGUUUCGAUACCCGCAAUAGAUACAGCACAGAUAGCCUAUUGUGUAGCUUUGUGUUUAACAAUGAACAAAACAAAAACCUUCGAUAUUGUUACUUGCGAUGCCAUCUGUUGAAAUCUCGAUUAAAAUUAUUAUAAUUUACGAAAUAUCUGUACACAACAUUGUUCAAUUACACCUACAAUGCUUACUAUUAUUCAGCUUCAAAAUUUACCAAACAAAUAACGUGAUACUGUUAAAUUUAUAGUAUGCAUAGUAUUUAGCUAUAAAGCUUUGUAAUUAUCAAAAUAUUAAUUUUAUUUCACGAAAUAAUUAUAAAGUCUUCUCUGAGACCGCAUUUAUUGUAAAAUGAAGACAACAAUGGAAAUGUGAAUAAAGCUUGUUAUCUAUGUAGAUUCGUCCUAUAAUUCGCUUUAUUUUUAACAUUUCCCAUUGAGGGUC